AUGGCGCCUCCAAUUAGCCGUGAGAGGCGAAAUGCCUGCUACGGGUUCGACUUUGCCCCUGUCUUGUUCCUUGCAUUUUUCACCAUUUUCCUCCUCUUGUGUGUCAAUCAACGAACUGACGUGUCUACUGCGUUUAGCGAUCAAUUCCAGCCUAUUCUUACACGCGGAUUAAACAGCAGCCAACGCGAUAUCCGCGCCGCAAGCGCAUAUUUUCAUCCCGACGCUGUCAAUCAAUCGGGUGUCACUGACUCAUCAAAGAGUUCAGACGUUUCUAGCGUUUAUCCAGAGCAGUUUGAGUCCUCGCAGCCGCAACUUGGAGAGGGUUUAGCUCGUUCGAGAUCUGAUUCAUCAGGCUCCUGGGAAGACGAUAUAGUCCCUGAGACUGAAUAUUUUGAAGGAGACGAUCCUGAACCUAGAACUGACGUCUCAAACAACUAUCAGCAGCCUUCUGGUCCAGCUUUUUCUGACGAACAUAUCGAUUCCGUUCUAGGUCUUUGGGAACGAAGAUCACAAAGUCCCACACAAAGCCAUAUCUCGUCUGCUGUUGAGACAUUUCCAUCAUUUGAUUCGAGAUCGAAUCACCAGGGACUUUACGAAGCAAACUUACGCGGUAAUAAGUUACCGUCUUUCGGCACUGGUCCCACUUCAUCUUUUUCUUCCGGUGCCCCUAAAACACCGCAAAGGCCUCCAUCUUCCUCAGAUACACUCCAUCUAUCUGAUUAUUCUGCUAGCCCUCCAGCCUCGCACGCCAACUUUUCGAAUUCGUCAACUUUAUUCCGGCAUCGGGCUCUAUCUCAGCAAGCUGCCUAUGGUUGUCCUCAACUUACUAGCCCGUCAUUUGAAGACCAGCAUAAUCCAUCUCCAGACGUAUAUAAAAUCUCCUUUGAUACCCCACCCCAGUCAAAGUCAUUUAGAAGGAGACCUUUCCUAGAUUUCUCUUCGCCUCAUCAAUCAUUUAGCUCAGAAAAUCAGCCUCCCGAACGGCCGUGUGACCUUCCAGGCCCGGAUAAACGUCGCAAGUCAAAGCCAAAAAGUAAUCGAGGAAAAACCCCUUUACCAAGCCCGCACGAUUUCGCAACAUUCAACAAAAGGAAUCGUUUUGAUCCGUUGAGCUUUAUCCCGGGAAAAGAAAGUAGAAAUAGCAGUCUACCAGGGAGCACUCCUGCUUCAUCAUCAUCAGCUUUCAGCCCACCGUAUGAGAAGUUUCCCGAUUGUCCUAAAGGCCAUUCAAGUGCCCAACCCAGCGAUACUACCGACAACCGCGAUCCCAUCGAAAAAUACUCUGUCCCAUAUUCAGAGUUACCUCUCCAGUCAGCCUCAGUAAAGAGAAAGCCUAGGCGAAGCCUACGUCUUGCUCUGUCCCUGAAAAAGAUUCUCACCCCAAAGCACAAGACCGCCAGCAAAGACGAGCCUACUUCCCCUCCGCUGCCAACCCAGGCGAGCAAAUCUACUACUGACGCCGAAGAAGCGUGGUUUGAAGGGGUUAUUAAACAACUACAGGAGGAUUGCGCAGAGCAAGAAAGGUACCGUGACGCUAUGGAUUCACGACAUCUUGAUCCGUCAUCAGCCAUGGUGGCCCUCACCAAACAGAAGGCCGAAGCCAUGCGAUUAGCACGGGAACAAGGCGCUGCUGUCAAGGAAAUGUGUCGAAGAGCAAAAACAGAAAUGCCCCCGUAUCAAUUUGAGGAGCUUAUUGGAAAAGGGGCUUAUGGAAGAGUGUAUAAAGGUCGCCAACUUUCAACACAGAAACUCGUCGCAAUCAAGGUGCUAGAAAUAGAUACGCUGGAUUAUAAAACAGUGCGGGAUUUUAGAGACGAGUCUAUCAAAGACUUUAUACGCGAAACGAAUAUCAUGAAGCAGGUCAAGGAUGCUGGGGCGAAGAAUAUCAACAUGCUUAUUGAAGCUUUCUCAAUUCAUUCCCAGCUUUGGCUUAUCUGCGAGCAUUGCCCAGGUGGAAGCGUCAAGACUCUUAUGCGAGCAACUGGUGAUAAGCUAGAGGAACGAUUCAUAAUUCCAAUUGCAAGGGAGCUAGCGGAAGGUCUCAGGGCCAUUCAUGACGCUGGCAUUAUUCACCGUGAUGUCAAAGCUGCCAAUGUCUUGAUUCACGAGGAAGGCCAUUUACAGAUCUGUGACUUCGGAGUCGCUGGUGUCCUCCAGAGCAAGGUAGACAAGCGCUCCACAUGGAUUGGGACUCCACACUGGAUGCCGCCUGAGAUGUUUCCGAACAGGGCAGGGCCCGAGACGCAUCAAUACGGAAGCGAGAUCGAUGUUUGGGCAUACGGAUGCACCCUAUUUGAGUGUGCUACUGGCAAUCCGCCAAAUGCAACCCUAAGAGAGCGGAUGCAAAUUGGGCGUCAACUUAACAGAUUCCCGCCAAAGCUGGAGGGAGAUAGAUUUUCAGACAGCCUGCGCUCAUUAGUGGCAUUUUCACUCGAUUCUGAUCCAAAAGUGCGCCCUACUAUGCAAAGUAUCCUUCAACACCCUUACAUCGCUAACUCUACGGAAUCCCACCCAACCUCUUCCCUGAGCGAACUGGUGAAGAUAUAUUACCAAUGGGCUCAAUGUGGUGGUCAAAGAAUAUCGCUAUUCAACCCCGGAGGCGCUGCUGCUGCCGAGUUUCCGGAGGGAGACACUUUAGAUCGCGAGGACUGGAACUUCAGUACGACGGAUGGAUUUGAACGGCGAUUCUCCCUGAUAGACCUGGAUCAACUUUCGGCAUCGUUAGCAGAUCUCGAGAAUGAGAUGGUACCCACCGUACCCGAGCCGUCUAGCGACUACUUUGACGAGAAUAAGGAUACCGAGUUGAGUGCACAGGAUAAAGCCAACUUCGACGAGCGGGUCAAAAGAGGCGCUGCGGCAAUGGAAGGUCUUUUUAACGAAGACAAACCGGGUUAUAAAUAUGAGACCAAGAAUGACUUUGUCCCCGUUCAGUCAGAGCAGCGAUUCUCCUCUGAUCUCCCUCUCCGAACAGACACUGACAGAUCCUCGGUUACGUCUACUUUCAUUGACAUCAACCUUGGAGUCUUCGACUCUGCGCAUUACGCAGCAGGCUCAGCAUCCAACCAUCCUCCAUUCCAACUUGCUGAUGCAGAUACAAUCCGUGCAAACCGGUCCAGCAGCAGACUCAUGCGGAAUUCAACUACAAGCAGUGACUCUGGUGAAUACCAACCACAGCGCGGGCCCCGACCCCCAACCAUGGAAUGGACUUUUCCCUCCAGUAUGGCAACUGGCACAGAUGCCUCCAGCCACGACGACGAGCCUGGCCCGGACAUUGAACAACCACAUGAAGAGAAGCGGGAUACCCGAGCAUGGACUUUCCCAAUCAUGACCGCAGAAGAGGAAGCUCCGCACGAAGAGCCCAACGAAUGGGCUGAUGGUGGGAACGCUUCAUCGCGCCGUAUCGAACCCGAUGACGAAAUGACAAUGAAAUACCCCCCGCUCCGGUGCCCAGCAUACUCACAGCCUCCUGCUGACGGGCCGCCCGACUCUCGACCCUCAACCGCAACAUCCACCCAGUCAACUAUGUCAGACGCGGAUAACGAUCCCUUCCGAUUCGACAGACCUGUCACCCCUCCGGGUGAGGGCGAGGAUGUGGUUGUUGAUGAUCUGCAGAAUGCCUUUUACACCACGUCCUCCUUAGAUCCGUUCCCCUCGAUCACCGACUCCGCCAUUUACACGGACUUCGACGAAGGCACGCACCGCUCGAUACACAGCUACUCGGAACUCCAUGGCCCGUACCAUGAAGACAACAUAGCUAGUGGUGAGAGCGCGCUUGAGGGCCCCGGGGGCCAGGGUGGUAGGGCAGAAGGUGCUGAUGCUCACGCCAAUGGGCACGGUGGCGGCACUGGUGUUGGUGACGACGAUGAUAAUGAAACAGAAAGGAAAUCUGUUAUAGAGUCGAACAUGGCGCAUUUGUCUUUCCCAAUGCCUGUUCCUCCGAGCACGGAGAGUCUGAUGCAGGGCGCGAGUGAUGACGUUGUUGAGCGGGAGCUAGAUCGGCUUUUGGCAGAUUUCCUGGACGGUCUGGCGGUUACUGGAGAGGCGCUUGUGAGGACGGAUGUAGGGAGGGGUAGACGGGGUGAUGCUGGCUACAGUAGCGAUGGGAGCUUUAGGGGCAGUCGAGCAGAGCAGGGGCAGGAAUCGGAGAUGGAUGAUUGA